AUGGUAUGGUAUUAUCAUGGAAUGUAGAUUUAUAUUUUUAUUUUCCAAUUUCAACAUACCCGUCGUUAAAUCGUGCGCGUGAGGAACGCGACUGUGUCUUUUGUUUAAGUUUACAAUUUCGUUGCUAUGUGAUUAACUGUAGUCCUGAUUUUAUACGAUAGUUUUAUUGAAGAGGUCAGACAAUUAAUAAUUUUAUACAGACGUAUUUUUCUUGUGUUUGACGAAUUUUUCACAUCAUUUUGCAGGUGUUCGUGCUCGAACUGCUCUGUCAGCCUUGUUACAAAAGCGCAGGAGUGCAUUUGUGGAAAGAGAUCGAUCGCUGCGAAGAGGUCAUGGAAGAAGCCAUUGGAGACCGGACCUUAUGCAUAACCCUCCAUCCAGGGUUUGAAAGCGUCUGCUUAAACUGCCACGUAUUAGAAGUGGCUGCACUGGACCUAAAAACGCGAGCUGGAAAGUCGUACACAACUGUUCGUGGGUAAAGCAACAAAAGUGAUAAUGAGUAAGUUGGGGUAUUGUUGACUUUGUAUCGGAACGAUCGAACCGUACAUAGCAUUGAAUAAUUGAUACAUCUAAGCUUAUCGCCGUGGACUGAUCUCAUAGAAUGACAUUUUUUAUUUUCUAAAUGGCUUUAUUGCCCCAACUGCUUAUUUUUAAAAGGAGUAUUUAUUUAUCUCCAUCCAAUCCCUCCUUGAAUUAACAGUGAUCUCAUUUCUCUAACUAGAUUCCUGAGGUCUGUGGCCUAUCGCCAAUUUACAAGACUGCUGUGGAGUUAUAUUGGUAGUUCCAGGCGAUACCCCUUGCCCUGUUGUGCCUACAAUGAAAUCAGGAAACAAUUUCCGAGUCAAAAUGGCCAUUAUCGUGGAUUUGAAGAUGAAGAAAAUGAAUAA